AUGGUUCAAACAUUGGGAGAGCGAUUGGUUUUAGAAGUCAUCGAAAGUCAACACUUCCGAACGACAACACUCAACAUGAACGCUAAGCUUCUCAUCCUUGUCUCCCUCCUCGUCAUCUGCGCCUUCGUCACUGAGACUGAUGCUCAAUACUACGGAUACUACGGAUAUCCAUCAUACGGAUACGGAGGAUACGGAUACGGAAGCUACUACGGAUACCCAUCAUACUACGGAGGAUAUGGAUACUAUGGAAAGAGAGAGGCUGGAUUUGGACCAAGUCAACAGAACAAUCAAUAA